AUGAACUUCGAUCUAUAUCGCGAAAGGCUUUUGAGCGUACAGAGGCGAGGGGCCUUGAGGACAUCUAGCGCAUACUGGACGGUCUCGAGGGAAGCUAUUCUGGUUGUCGAUGGUGUAAUCCCCGUAGAUUUUCUUGCUAGGGAGCGCAAGAGGAUCUAUGACAGAAGGUUAAACGAAAAUAAAGUAGAAGUAGCCAAGGAGAAGAGUGAUAGAAUAAUAGAGGUAUGGCGAGAACGGUGGUCGAGAGAUGGUAAAGGAGUAUGGACGAGAAGCUCAAUUCCUGACAUUAAGGCGUGGAUGGAGAGGAGCUUCGGAGAAAUGAACUUCUACCUUACGCAGAUGCUUACGUGCUAUGGGUACUUCAAAUGCUACCGGGAUUCUCCGAAUAGUAAAGUAGAGAACAGAGUUCUAGAUAAGAGGAUUCGCUUGCUUUUUACCAGCGCAUAA